AUGAUAUGGUUGAAAGAUUUAAUCGUACAAUUGACAAUGAAACAUAAUACAACUGGUUAUACACCAUUUUACCUAUUAUAUAAACGACAAGCAACAUUACCUAUUGAAUUAAAAAUUCCAACAGAAUUGAGUAACAAUAAAAAUAUUAAGGAUGCAUUAAUAGAAAGAUUAUUUAAGAUAAUCAACCAAUUAGAAGAUGAUCUUCAAAUUGCACUUAAUCAAAUUAAGGAGGAUCAAUGA